AUGAACGUGAUGUUUGCGAAGAUGAUGGGCACGACUGGUUUCUCAUAUACAACUAGUUGGGGUGAAAGUGAAGAGCGAUCUGAAACUAUUGCGAUUGGAACCACAAGUGGUGUUGAGACGGAACUGCUGCCUGGGCAGGCGGUGACCGCGGUACUGUCAGCAAAUAAGGGUGCUUUAGAGGUAGAAGUCGUGUACUUGGCAAAAUUAAGAGGAAACGUAGCUGUGAACUUUAAAAAUCCUUAUAAGGGUCACCAUUUCUGGGAUCCAUCGAUAGAUAGUGUGAUGAAGGGUGGUGGAUUAGAUAAUGAAGUGAUCAUUAAAAAAAAUAUCAAGAUAGGUUUCUACACGGAUGCAUCUUUAAAGGUAUAUAAUAAUAUAUCAGAAUAUAUGGAAAUCAUUGUUAUGGUUCCAACAUUUGAAAGACUUUUUAAUAUAUUAUCUCCGUUAAAAAGACGUUCUGAGGUACAUAGAGUUCACUUCUACUAUUUCUAA